GCGGGGCGGGAGGCGGACACGCCCCUCUCGCUGCUUCCGGCAGCGGCGGGCGGUUCCCGCGGCUGGGGGCCGUUGGGGUUCGCGCCGGCCGGGGUGUACGGCGCCGCGGCCGCCAUGCAGCUGACAGUGAAGGCGCUCCAAGGCCGCGAGUGCAGUGUGCAGGUGUCGGAGGACGAGCUGGUAUCCACGCUGAAACAUGUGGUCUCCGAGAAGCUGAACGUCCCCGUAUGCCAGCAGCGGCUGCUGUUCAAGGGCAAGGCCCUGGCAGAUGGAAAAAGACUCUCCGAUUACAGCAUUGGGCCCAAUUCCAAGCUCAACCUAGUGGUCAAACCUCUAGAGAAGGUGUUACUGGAAGAAAGCGCUGCCCGGAGACUGGCUGAAGCCCCGCCCCCAUCCCCAUCCGCCUGGCAGCUGAUCUCCAAAGUCUUGGCCCGGCACUUCAGUGCUGCAGAUGCCAGCAGAGUCCUGGAUCAACUACAGAGGGAUUAUGAGAGGUCCCUCAGCCGCCUGACACUGGAUGACAUUGAACGCUUGGCUAGCCGCUUCCUGCACCCUGAAGUGACUGAAGCUAUGGAGAAAGGGUUUUCCAAAUAGGAUUCCGGGAGUGUGGGGAAGAGCCUGGCUGGGCCACAAGCUGCAUGUAGCAUUAAAUGUGUUCUCAUGUUGCAAUUUGGCUCAUAAUAAUAAUAAUAGCUGGUAGGUACCAGGUUACUUAUACCUGGCUCUUGUAGGUGCCAGGCACUGUUCAAAGCACUUGACCUGAGUUUGCUCCUGCACCUCACACAAAAGGUGAGAUGGCGAGGCUCCUAGCAGUGAAGUGGGGAAGCCAGAAUCAGUCCAGUCGACUUCUAGAAGUGCCUCAGCAUGAGAAGGAAAAAGGGGCUGUUUGGAACGGUUCUGAGGGAUAGGCUUUGGCGUGUCAUGUUUAGCCCACUGAGAAUAAACUUUGAGCAGCUCCUUUCCAGGCCUGAAAGGGGAAGCAGCUGGACCUUGCUGCCCAAUCCUAACAAGUCUGGCAUUGGCAGUAAGCCAAGUGACAGCCAGCCCUGGGUGUCCUCAGCUGCUGCAGCCAGUGUGUACUAGAUGAAGGAAAAGCAGGUUGGGGAGUUGUGGGCAAAUGCCACCUUGAUCUGUGGUCUGACCUCAGGCAAGUCCCUGUGUCAUGUUGGUCCCCAGCCACUGACUCUGCACAAUGAGGGCCACUCCUUAAACCUCGGUUUCCUUCUGUUCCAUAAACAAACUGAGGCCAAAAGCCAAGCAAUAGCUGAACUUGACUCAGCAAUGUAGUGUCCUGGCCCUUCGAGUGACAGCUGUUCUCUGGACUUGUCACAGCUCUUCUUCUCUGCUUGUCUCCUAGAUGUGGGCAGUUAUUGCUCCCUUAGGAAUGACAGAUGACUGGCUUGAGGUCACUCAGCCCCAGCCAGGCCCCCACACCCUGUGCUCACCCACAGAGUGAGCGCAGGCCCUUCCCCUUCCAGGUGUGCUCGGGGCUCUCACUUUGCACACCCCUCACUGCCGGGGGCAGAAGCAUGAGCUGGUGGCACUGGUCCCACCCCUCUGCCUUCUGUGCGGGCCCUAGAGGUCAUAUAGGUAUCUGCUCCUUGGAGAAGAGCACCGGGAGAGGUUGAGGCUGGAAGGAAGCCACCCUGCUGCCUCGGCUUCGGGGGUGAACACUGGGUCCCCAGGCUGGGAAGAUGGACAGAAGCCUGAUGCUCAAAGGCUUUGAAGGAUAGACAGAAGGCACCUGGCUGUACCCGAGAGCUGGGAACAUCAAACAGCAGGACCCACUUGGAGUUGUGGAGUCUGGUGGGUCAUGUGAUAGACUUACCAAUGCUCUUGUUUAUUUUGAGUCAGGAAAUAUUUGUUGAAAUUUAAAUGUCAUUGAAGGUGAAUGUGAAACUUUGACUUUUAUCCAAAAGGAACUAUAUUAGCUAGGCUGCUUUGGGUUUCCAAUAAUUGGUUUAACCAUAAAGGAAACUGGUUCCAACAAUAAAGGAAACUUACUGGUUUACAAAACAGAAAUCCAGGGGUAUUGGCCACUGAUGAACAAUUUCACCAAAUACCCAGUUUCUUACUACUUCCCUUCUGCAAUUUUCAGUGUCUGCUUCAUCCCAGGCCAUCACCUCAGGAUCAAAAGGUGGCUGCCUGUUGCUUCCACCACAUCCCUCAUUCAUUCACAGCCAGCAAGGAGCACCUUCUCGCCCUAUAGUGCAGCUUCUUUCUCAGAUUCCUCCAGCAAAUAAAUGAUGUCCUUUCAUUGGUCAGAA